AAACAUCAAUCUGAAGGGGACACAGCUUGCUGUCUGCCUUAGUCUCAGCCUUCCUCCAUUUGUCCAUCAGAUAGUGGCACUUCAAGUUAAUGACUCUGCCAAAGCGACCCUCAUUCAGUACUUAGUAAGGCGGCCUCCUUUCGAUCAAAGCUCCACCCACGCCUUGCAAAGAAGUAAAGCUUAUUCAGCCUCUGCAGCCACACGCUGUCCUCCUGCAAUGGCUCCUCCUCCCCUCCCACCCUUGGGUGGAUCCAUAGAAGGGAAAACUUGACAAUAGUUAGCAAGCAGCAGAGCUCGGAAGAGCUAUUGCAGAAGUAUGUCUGACUAGCCUGGUAGCAGUCAUUCUAUCCUCCCCGAGGGUGCUGGUGCUGCUGAGUGCAGGAGAGGAUGGUUUCAGCCAUGGGAGCCAGGAAAAAUCUGAGAAGGAAUGAGCAGACGAGAGACCUGGCAUUCCUUGGGCAGCCUGAAAGAGAGGUGAGAUGUCUGAAUCAGCGCAAGAUUAAAUGAGCACUGGCUGCUGCCAUGUUGGCAGAACUGAGCAGUUCAGAGGCAGUUGGACAAGUUUGUGGCUGAGCCGGUUUAUCCACUGUUGAAGAUGGGAAGUUACUUGUCAGCCCCUGCUUACUUCGCUCCCAAGGAUCCCUUUCGGUGCUCUGAAUGCCAGGAUCCCCUCACUAACUGGUACUAUGAGAAAGAUGGAAAGCUGUAUUGCCACAAAGACUAUUGGGGGAAGUUUGGGGAAUCUUGCCACGGCUGCUCUCUGCUGAUGACUGGACCUGUGAUGGUGGCUGGAGAAUACAAGUAUCACCCUGAGUGCUUCGCUUGUAUGAGCUGCAAAGUGAUCAUCGAAGAUGGGGACACUUACGCACUGGUGCAGCAUUCCACUCUCUACUGUGGAAAAUGCCAUAACCAGAUUGUGCUGACACCGAUGAUAGAAAAACAUUCCACUGAGUCUCUGCGUGAGCAGCUGCCUUAUACACUGACACUCAUCUCCAUGCCAGCAGCUACUGAUGGCAAAAGGGGCUUCUCUGUGUCUGUUGAGGGCGGCUGCUCCAGCUAUGCCACUGGCGUCCAAGUGAAAGAAGUUAACAGGAUGCACAUCAGCCCAGAUGUCCGAAAUGCCAUCCACCCUGCAGAUCGUAUCCUGGAAAUUAACGGAGCUCCCAUUCGUACAUUACAGGUGGAGGAGGUGGAGGACAUGAUUCGCAAGACAAGCCAGACGCUUCAGCUGCUGAUAGAGCACGACCCUGUCUCACAGCGCUUAGACAGGCUUCGGUUGGACUCCCGGCUUCCCACCCACAUGAAGUCACCCAUCUCGCCCCACUCCAUCUCUCCGCUGGACAUCAAGGAGAAUCUGGAAGGAACGCUCCGCCGACGAUCCCUCAGGCGAAGCAACAGCAUUUCUAAGUCUCCUGGCCCCAGUUCUCCAAAGGAACCCCUCCUUCUGAGCCGUGACAUCAGUCGCUCUGAAUCUCUACGUUCCUCUUCUAGCUGCUCCCAGCAAAUCUUCCGGCCAUGUGAUCUCAUUCAUGGAGAAGUACUAGGAAAAGGAUUUUUUGGUCAAGCAAUCAAGGUGACUCACAAAGCAACAGGAAAGGUGAUGGUGAUGAAGGAGCUGAUUCGCUGUGAUGAAGAAACACAGAAGACUUUUUUGACAGAGGUGAAAGUGAUGCGCAGCCUGGAUCACCCCAAUGUGCUGAAGUUCAUUGGUGUACUGUACAAGGACAAGAAGCUCAAUCUCCUCACUGAGUACAUCGAGGGUGGCACCCUGAAGGACUUCCUCCGCAAUGCGGACCCAUUUCCCUGGCAGCAGAAGGUCAGCUUUGCCAAAGGAAUUGCCUCUGGAAUGGCUUACUUGCACUCUAUGUGCAUCAUUCACAGAGACCUGAAUUCACAUAAUUGCCUAAUCAAGUUGGAUAAGACUGUGGUGGUGGCUGACUUUGGUCUGUCUCGGCUGAUUGUGGAGGAAAGAAAAAAGCCCACCCUGGAGAAGCCAUCUGUCAAGAAACGAACCCUGCGGAAGAGUGACAGGAAGAAGCGCUACACGGUGGUUGGCAACCCGUACUGGAUGGCCCCAGAGAUGCUAAAUGGACAGAGCUACGAUGAGACAGUGGACAUCUUUUCAUUUGGGAUAGUUCUUUGUGAGAUCAUAGGCCAGGUUUAUGCUGACCCAGACUGUCUCCCACGCACACUGGAUUUUGGCCUUAAUGUUAAGCUGUUCUGGGAAAAGUUUGUUCCUGCUGACUGUCCUCCAGCCUUUUUCCCUCUGGCUGCCAUUUGCUGUAGACUGGAACCAGAGAGCAGGCCCCCUUUUUCUAAGCUCGAAGAUUCCUUUGAAGCUCUCUCUCUUUACCUGGGAGAACUCGCCAUCCCACUCCCAUCUGAGCUGGAGGAGCUGGACCAUAAUGUGAGUGUGCAGUACGGACUGAACCGUGACAAGUUACCUGAAAACACAACCUAGUCAGCUCGUCCUGCUGCCUGCAUCACUUCUGCUGGAGUUGAGCAACUGGGAGGGAGAUGCACUUCAGCCACUUCCAGGGCAUUAACAGGGCACCGUGCUGUGCAUUUGCUGCAUUGCCUCUCUCUCCCUGCCCAAUGCCCUCUCCUCUCGGACAUCCUGAUUCACUGUGGAUUUCUGGCAUGCUUCAGAAGCAAAAAGGACCGUUUCCUGCCAACUGCACCUACGAAAGCUGUUCAACACUAUUUUUCUGGCUUGAGAAAUGCGUCUCUGGCCUUUUCAGGCUUCUUGACUGUGGUGCCUUAGAACUUGGCUGCAAGCUGUGAAGCUGCUCUGGCCCAUGAGCCAGGGAGGUAAUUGCUAUAGGAAACUCUCCUGAGCAAGGACCAGCACUUCUGGAAUUGCAUCUCCCACUGACUGCCGUGAUCAGAAAGUUGGGAAAACUGGACAUCUGGCAAAAGACCCAACCAGGACAGUGUGUGUGUGUCUGUGUGUAUGUUUGUGCCUGUGUUUUCCAAAACAGCCCACUGACAUUUGACGUCAAGGAUGGGAGUGAAAACGACUAGAAACUGGGCAGCUCUCAUGGGGAAGCGUGUAUGCGUUUUUGUUUUGAGAGUUUUUUGUGGUUUUUUUUUUUUUCCUCUGUCUCUGAAUACCUCUGAAAACCCACCUAGAAACACUAAGACCUGCCCCACCAGAUGGGCAGCCAGAAAAUGAGCCUCUUAAGCAUCUUCAGACUCUGACCCUGUACAGUAAGUCUGCCUGCCCAGGGACAUUACCCCAGGUGAGAGCAUUUGAACAUAAAUGUGUAGGACUGCACUAGACACUGGCUGUGAGCAUCCCUUGAAAGGCAAAACUGCUGGAACUCUCAGCCUGUGGAAAUGAGGUGAUGGUGGCAGAAGAUGCUCUUCAGAAAGGUAAAGGUCUGAAGUGGCUCACACUUUGUGCAUGGAUGAUGGUAAAGUGAGAUGUGGCCAAAGCUGCUUAAAAGAUGAACUUGGUGGUAAACAGGAAAGUACUGGAGACUGUCCCAUCUCACUAAGAGUGGCAGCUGGAAAACUAAUUAUUCAGUUGCCAUUACCUUAUCCUUCCCUGCAGGUUGCUCCCUUUGAAGGUCCUUGCAACUGCUGCUCCUGCAGCACAUACGCUGAUUGUCCAAGCAGAAACUUUCCUUGGGGUUAUUCCCUUUAGGGAAAAAAUAAAGGGCUUGGAAUCACUGAGAGGUGGAGUAUUUCUUCCUGCAGAUAAAGGAAGAAAGCUCUUGCUUGAGUCGUAGCUUAAUGUGGUUGUCAGAACCAAACAGAAGGUUUGUUCAGAAGUUCUACAAACCACUCGGUGUAACGUGAUUUUUCAGUGUGCUCCUUUAUCCCUACACCUCCCCCACCCCUUCAGUACUGAACUGUAGGAUAUGGGUGUGAAGUUUUUGCUGUUAGCUUCAUUUCACCCCACUCCCCUCAUGCUUUCCCAUGAGUUCAAAAUAUUGCGUACAAUUACAUGGAGCCAGUCAGCACCUGACACAAGGUGUGUGUGUCAGGGGGUUGUUUUUAGUCCAUGUAGUGGUGUCUUAGAAACACACGGGGCUCCUUGCACUUUGAGUCAGUGGAAGAGCCUCUCUAAACUGGGUCCAGUGGAUUCCGGAUUGUUAAUAGGACUUGUCCUUUCCUCGCCCUCUUCCAGGGCUGGAUUUGAGGGGACCUCUGAAGGGAAGAGUCCUGGCUGAUUUGUGGGUGAGAUUUAUGAACUGUGGGUUGCACAGCUCCACCUUCUAACUAAAUUUAAAAAAAAAUAAAAUAAAAUUAAAAAAAAAAGAAAAAGAAAUGUAUGCUGUGGAAGCAACAUUGUAUUGUCUGUGUAUAAAUGUAAUAAAGCAGGAAACUGCAUCUUGGGUUUCUCUUGUCACAGAAAGGCAAAAACAAAACUACACCAACCAGAUAUUAGGAGAAUUCCUUGAGCCAGGGGUUCUGCCACACAAAGGUCUACUGAGAUGUUGUGCAAGUGCUCAGUGGUAAUAUUCACCUGGAGUGAUGCAAAGGGAAGAUGCUGUCUAGCUGUUAAGACUAGACAAGAGUCAGCAGAACAUGGAGCCUCUCCACUUUCCUGAAUCAGGGAUAAAAAUACAGCCCAUUCUUAGAAUCAUCAUAUUCUGAAAUAUGUAGUUCAAGAGGCAUUUGUUAAUGCCAGAACAGAAGAAAAAAUGCUAGCUAUACCAGCGCCCCCUGUAACCUGCUAUGCUGUCUCCUCCAUGCUUUCCAAUGCAAGGCCCCAAGGGACACAGAGCUGCUGCUGAGCAGCCCCAAAACAGAACUGACCUGCGUCACUGCAGGCAGGGGUUGUAAUGGAGAGCAAUCUUCCCACGGGCUGGCCUACUUUGGCAGCCCAGUUCACACACCCACAGCUGCUUUUCAGGAGCACUGCCCCAGUCGUGGGCUAGCUGGUGGCAGCAAGGAGACACGUUCUGUGUCCCUUAUCUGUGCAGGGGAGCAGAGGCACUGCUGGUAGGGAAUUACCUUUGGGUCUGCCAAACUGUAGUAACAUCGUCCCUUCUCCUCAGUUUGAAGUCUGCAACAAACAGGAUGCUGCUCUGGCGGGCAGGAGCAUAGAGAUAAGCCACAGUCCACACAGGUCUACACGGCAUUUUUCAUUUGAGCUUUAAUACAAGGUAGCACAAUCUGCACCUUCUCAUAAUGAGGUAUUUAAAACAUUUUACAAAGAAAUGGUAUUCAAAGGCAUUUAAAAAUAAAACAUUUCCCUUUUUUUGAAUCAAACAUUAACACUAAAACCCCUGCUGCCAAGUGCUAUUCCCUAUUAGGCCCUCAGCUAUAAAGCAGAUGGCUAGAAAACUUACUUGAAUGGCUUGAUU